AUGUCAUCGUCUCAGUUCUCCAUGCCCAAGCUUCUCAAGGCCACCCAAAACUUCUCGCCAGACAUGAUCAUCGGCCAUGGGGACUCCUUCCUGCUUUACAAGGCUCAUCUCUCCAACGGUCUCACCGUCGCCGUCAAGAAGCUUGAUCCCAGAGAGUUCCCAGGGUUUAGGGAAUUCCGAGCUGAAGCCCAAACACUUGGAAAGCUUCUACACCCAAAUAUCAUCAAGCUCUUGGGAUACAGCUCUGAUGGACAUUUCGUGUACGAGUACAUUGAGAGAGGUGAUCUUCAGUGCUUGCUACAUGACUCCGAUAACCCUUUACCAUGGUCAACCAGGUUAGGGAUUGUUAGAGGUGUGGCUAGUGGGCUCGCAUAUUUGCAUGGCUUGAAAAGCCCUAUUGUUCAUAGGGACAUCAGAGCCAAAAAUGUGUUACUUGACUUGGAGUUUCAGCCACAUAUUACUAGCUUUGGGCUCGCUAGACAGAUCGAAUCAUCGUAUGUCUCGACUAUUGAUGAUGGCGUCAUGGGGUACAUGCCACCGGAGUACCUAGCGGGGAGCAAUGUGGCUACCUUGAGAGGAGAUGUGUAUAGUUUUGGGAUUCUGAUGCUGGAAAUCGCAACUGCGAAAUGGCCCAACCUGCCGAUCAUGUUUGAUCACAAGAAAAUGAGGAUUGUGGAAUGGGCCAGGAAAAUGGUCAUGGGUGAUCGGCAAAUAGAAAUGAUGGAUUCUUGUAUUCCGAUACAGGAUUUGGAUGAAGACAUAGUUAAGAAGUAUUUUUCCAUUGCUUGUUCGUGUUCUCAUGAGAUUGCAAGAGAGAGGCCUCCUAUGAUCGAGGUCGUCAAGCUUUUAAAUGAGCUUUCAAUGUGA